AGGAAUUCGUAGGAUCCCAGGCUAGCAUCCAUGGCGGUCUAUAUGAGUUAUGGCUAUGGAGCGGGAGGAAUGCAGUUUUAUCCUGCUCCUAUCCCUUCGUACGGGCAGCCACCUAUGGGCCAGCCCAUGUACAUGCCAGGGCGCACAGUUCCAGCAAAGGGUGGGACGACUGCCGCGAAGAAGCAGAAUGCCCCUGCAGCUACGUCAAUCUAUGCGUCCAUUCCGAACUUGCCUACUUCGAAUACAUGGUAUACUCCUGGGACCGGCACUUCCUUGUACGCGUCUACCCCUGUUGCUCCAUCGGUGAAAACGCAGGUUCCCUCUUUGGAUGAAGAGAAGAGCACUGUUGGCCUGAUGCUCUGGCCCGGGAAAGAUGGCGAGUUGAUCAUCACAGACAUCAAGGAGAAUACUUCAGCAGCUGGAACCGUGCUCGCCAUUGGAGAUGUCAUCGUCAAGAUUGAUGAGACAUCAAUCGAAGGUUUGCCUGCGACUGAGGCAUACAAACCGUUGGCUGGGCCUAACGGAUCGAUGGUCACCAUCACGACCAAGAGAGUGGGCGAGGAUGGAAGCACGUCCACCCACACGGCUGAGCUUACACGAGACGUCUCUGCUGUAGAAGCAAACAAGAUCACCCAGAAAUCUAUCGAGACAUCAGGAGCUUCCCUCAACACUCAGGCCGAUGAAAAGAAGGAGACGACAAGGCAGUUGAGCCCUGCCGAAUGUCAGAUGUACGGAGUACCAUUCGGAUCCGUAUGGACUGUGGGCAAGAGCUCUUCGCAACAUCAACCCACAACCACAGCGAAGCCUCCAGCCAAGACUCAAACAGCUCCAGCGAAACCUGCUCCCGCGGCCCCUAAGCCUGCUCCCGCUGCAGCGAAACCUGCUCCCGCGGCAGCGAAACCUGCUCCCGCGGCCCCUAAGCCAACGCAGACAGCAUCCAAGCCCACACCAUUGGUGUCGAAGCCCACAAGUCAACCUGCUGCGAGCUCGAAGAAACCAGCAGCCAACUCAAACUCUGUCACUUCUACUGCAUCCGCCAACACCUUGUCCAGCAGACCCCAGCCAUCCAGCGUUACACGAUCCCAGAACGAGGGCAGGCUUCUGACCCAUCAGGAGUGCAUGAUGUUGAGGGUGCCCUAUGGUUCUCGUUUCAUGCCUUCCAAGCAGUCUGAAAAGCGUGCUGACCCUCUUCCUGCUGCUCCCGCAGCUGACAAAGCACCCGAAGCUCCUUCGACGACUAUAUCUGAGGUCAUGUAGAUGCAGAUAUGGUUAGCUCGGUUCCUUCGAAUAAAUGUGAAGAUCGCUG